AUGGCCAGACCCUGUGACUUCCUGAUGAUCCUGGUGCUGAUGAGCUACUGGUCAACCUGCUCUCUGGGCUGUGUCCUGAAUACGACUGACGAGACUCUCUUCAAACUCCUGGUACCAAAGAAGCAAUCCUCGCCUCGUUUCUAUUUGGAGGAUAGAGAUGACUUCCUAUGUCCCCUGCAGGAGAUGGAUGCCCAGCAGAUCCAGAAGCCUCAAGUGAUCCAGGUACUGCAGGAGCUGACCGAGCAGAGCCUGCUGCUCUUCACCUCAGAUGAGUCAUAUGCUGCGUGGGAGAUAACCCUCCUAGAAAAGUUCUGUGAAGCCCUUGACAAGCAGCUCGAGAAACUGCAGACUUGUCCAGUGCAGCAGGUGGGGGUGCAGGAACAUCCCCAGAGCCAGCAACACCCUGUGAAGAAAUAUUUCAUGAGGAUCACUGAGUACCUGAGAGAGAAGAAACACAGCCCCAGUGCCUGGGAGGUGGUCAAAGUAGAAAUCAUGAGAGCCUGGUCUUUCUCAGACAACUUGAUAAAAGAAUUGAGCAAGAAGGAGGAGUAA